AUGGCAAGAAGAGAAUGCUUUCGAUGUUCAUGUACGAGAAUCGUCGUUUUUCUUGUAUUUUUCCUCAUAACAUCAGCAUUCAUUCCUGCUGCUUUAGACUGGGCGUUAGUUCGAGGUCGUACCCCUCUUCAAGCAAUCCUCACACGUAUGAAUCCUCAUUUCAUUCAUGUGGAUGUAAAUGCUCCUACAGAAGGAUAUUAUAGACUUUGGCGAUAUCAUGAUUUUAGUGCAGAUUCGUAUCGUCAACCUAGAGAAUCUGAAAUUCCUUCUAUUCCUGUCGUUUAUGUUCAUGGAAAUGCUGGAAGUUUUCAAGAUAUGCGUUCCAUAGGUCGAUUUGUUGGAGAAGCAAAUGUGAAUGAACGCCGUCGUCGCAUUUUAGAAUUUGAAGAUAAUGUCAAAAUGAAAUUAUUUGGUCUUUACAAAAGUGAAGGACGUCAAAUGCCAAAAGAUGGAGAAGAAAUUCCUCAUGAUCUUCAAAGGAAAGCAGAAGAUAUGGUAAUAGCUAAUACCCCUAUUUUAGGAGUAGAACUCUUUGGUAUAGAUUUCUUAGAAGAGUCUAAUACACAAAGUAGUAUAUUAUUAUUAAAAGAGGCUCGAUUUUUAAAUCACAGUAUGCAUCGACUUAUGCAACAAUUUUUAAAUCACUAUGAGACUGUAUUGAAGCAACCUAAAGGAAGUAUAAGAAGAGAAACGGGUAAAAACGACUCUAAUUUGAAAGUUGUGGUUGAAGCUGAAACGGAUUAUAUUAUGAGUCUAUGUUCACGUGCAUCUCAUAUACAGAAAGGUAACUCUGCGUGUAUUGCUGCUAAAAAACAAAUUCGUGUCUUCUCCUCUGUGGAGCGACUACGUCGCGAGGUGGAGCGGGUGCGGCGAGAUGGACUGUGGGUGUGGACGGAGUCGUUGGGGGGCCUCGUGGCGCUCUUCGCCACUCUCUUCGCCCCGGAGUUGUACGCCGGUUUGGUGAUGGCCGGAUCCCCGACCCGCUACCCGCCGCUUCUCUUCGACAGCAGCUGCGUGCAAUUCCAGCGGGUCAUCCACGACGCCGCCCUCCCCUCUCCGUCUCUUUCGCUUAAUUCCUCUUCUUCGGUUUCUUCGCAGUGGCCACAACUCCACGCGACGGGCGGUCCUCAUAAAUUUCUCGCGGAGGUCGCGGCCGCAUCGCCAGCAGUCAUCGCCUCGCGAGUCGCCCGCAUCGCACUUUUGAAUGUCAACGGCGGCGCCCUCGAGGACGUCGUCCCCCCGCGGAGCUCCGCGUUGAUGCGCACCGCCGGCCGCAGCGCCGCCUCCGCCGAACACAAACGACGACGAAACGAAGCGCCACCGCCCGCCCGCCGCCGCGAUAUUUCAACGGAGGAACUGCGCGGCUGCGGGACGCCACUCACACACCGCGGACUCGUCUACGCACGACAGUUGUUGGAUGUCGCCGCCCACUCACUCGUGCAGGCCGCACUCUCCCCACACUCUGGGGAACUCUUGGGGAGUGAACCCACCCUCACAGACACAAGGGAGAGGUUGUUUCCCACCAUAGUGGAGACACUUCCUGAAGCCCAGGAUAUAUACAGACGUGAGGAGUUUUACUUUAGUCAGACACUUAGAAAAAUAACUGAAACAGGUUCUUAUCGUAAAGAGAAUAAUACGUAUGCAGAAAGUAAAUUUAAAUCUAUUUGUGUAGAUGGAUCAACUUUGGUAAAUAUACAAGACAUUCCUAUAAAUGAGGAUCCUGAUACCGAAUCUUGGCAUGCACUACAUCUUUUUAUUGGUGCUACAACUUAUCAACCUGAGGAUGUAUUAUUACCAGAAUUACAUUUAAUGCAUGUAAAAGAAGAAAAAUUAGUACCUUAUACAAAUAUUCACUCACGUGCUGCUACAAAAUUACACCUUCCUAAACGUAGAAAGGAUAGUGUACCUAUUGAAGGAAGUGUUUUAAACACAGCGGUUAGUUUUCAGGUUCUUCGAAAAAAUAAUGAGAAUUCACCAAUUUGGGUACGUCCACGUUUUUGUUUCGUAGUUGAAGGAACAAAAAUUUCAAAUCGUCAUUUUUCUUAUAUACAGCAUGAUUUAAUUGAUCCAUUACAUGAAAUUUCAACUGCUAAUGACCAUCAAGCAGCUAUCAACUCACAACAAAGUGAAAAAUUAUCUUUAGAGAAUCAUAAUAGAUUUACAAUUAUUCGAAAUGUAGAUAGUAUGAUGUUGGAAACAAAUAUGUUUGUAGGUGUAAAUAAUAGGGUUAUAUUUCCUCAUGUAAUUUGUGGAUCAUUUCGUUCUUUUCGUGUAGCAUUUCGUGGUACGGAAGAAUUGGCAAUUGAUGAACCAGAAUCUCAGUUACAGUAUUUUUAUGGACCAUAUGAAGAAGAUCGUCAUAUUUUUCAUUAUAGUUGGCGUCCAUUUCAUGAAACACCUUCUAAUAGUUCAAAUCUUUAUUUAGUGUACGUAUUAUCAAAUGAAGAAAACCCUAAUAUUCGUCUUUAUGACUUUGAAAGGUAUGAAAAUCCUUCAUGGAGUGAUUUUAACUACUUAGACUGGUGGAUUAGACAGUGGACAAUGCGUUGGAUGGCUGUAUUAGCUACCUAUUCUCUUUCUGGAAGGUAUGCAGGUUGUUAUGUGCUUGUUUUUUUAACCUUAUACACCGUAUUCUAUACUACUACUUUUCUUGGAAAUAGUGCAUCAUCUAAGGGAUUUUUACGAAGGAUACGUACGGUAAGUCCAGUAGCUCUUGUUUUGAUUACUGGUGUUUUAUUAGAAUGUUUUGGAAAUUCUUUGGCAAAAAAUACGUUAUCUAUUUGUCUUAGUGAAGAACUUCCCAUGUUAAGUGAUGAAGGUCUCACAUCCAUGAUGAGUUUAACUGAAAAAUUGACAUUGAUUUUCCUCUACGCACUUCCUCCAAGAUAUGAAGCUUGUAAAUAUUCUUGGAUACGUAUGCAAACAGUUGCUCCAGACAAUUUACUUUUUGAACAUAUUAUGCAUAUGAUAUGUGCAUUCUGUUUUGCUACCAUUUUAAUUAUGAUUGAAUUUGGUAUACAUUGUCUUUUAUGGCCUGUUUCAUAUAUAACUCAUUUUAUCUUUAAAUCCUGUAGAGCAGAGAUAAUAAGAAAAAUAGGAGUUUGUAUUAUGAUAAUAUUAUGGUGUAUUCCAAUUUCUUUGCUUUUCUUUAUACCAUGGUUGCACAUUUCCCUUAUUAUUACAUUAACUUGUUUAUUUGCAUACAGUGCGAUAUGGUUUAUUCCUCGUGAAGUACAGAUUGCUAAUGGUCCACAUUAUCGUUGGAUAUGUUUUGUGUUAACUAUGAUACUUCAUUUAACAGCACAUUUUCAAGGACUUGUACUUACGGUGCGAAACUAUUUCAUUGUACCAUCUAUUGUGCUAAAGGACAGUGAAAGGUUUGAACCAAGUACAGAAGAGUUAUUAACAUUUGCAGUGGUUCAGUGUGGUUUGAUUGUUGUCUACGGUACAGUGUAUCUUACCAGGCGUCAUUACACCGGAGUAGAGAGUUACACCAAUGUAAAAAAGAAGGAAAUGAAAAAACAAAAUAUAGUGAUGAUGAUGAAAGAAGUGGAAAGAGAGAAAAUGGAUGUACAGAAUUCAAGAGAUGAUAAUGAAAAUGAAAAUGAAAAUAAACCAUCUUUUUAUGUGCUAGGUGAUAUCAACCGUCAACAUGCUCGAUUUAAACGGUUGAUUAAAACACUACGGUUUAUUUUGUGUUUGGCUUCUUUGUGGGUUUGUAUGAUUUCUGUUCGCCGACCACUUGAGGGUUCCAUCGCCACUGUUGGAUUGUGCCUCACAGGAACAUACAUUACACUGACGUUGCUUCAAUUGUGGUAA